GGUCCACAACCAGAAGUCCCAGACGAGUCCCAAAAAGCAGCCAUCAGAUAGUGACCCAGAGAUCCCAGAGAUCCCAUAGAUCCCAAAUCGCAGAAAAAGAGAUUCCAGGUAAUGUGGUCCCGCCGGUACAAGCUGCGUCCGCAGCAGCGUCUGCCCCUGGUCCACGAGCAGAUCGCGAUGCAGUGCGCCCGGAACAUAGUGCGCGUGGCCUCCGCCAUGCCGCAGCCCCAGCCCCGCUCCCCCUCCGGCCAUGUCCCCGUUCUGGUGGAGCUGCGCCGCACGGACGAGCCCACCGUCUACCGCUACCAGGUGAACGUGCCACCGUCGGGCUGGCCCCCCGAAGAUCCGGAGGAGGGCGACUGCCUCCAGCAAAUAGUGCUGCCCGGCACUCUGGAGACUCUGGGUCUGAAGCUCCCUCAGCCGGAGAGACCACCCUGUCCGAUGCACGGGCGUGCCAUCUUGGAGGCGGCCAACAGCGCCAUCGAAUUGUGGUCCCCGAACUCCGGCUCUGGGUCGGCUCCAUCGGUGAUGACCCAGAGCUCGAUCCACCUGGUCAACGAGCAGAUAGAGCCCAAUGCCCACGUGGAUGUGGCCACGUUCAGUGAGCCCGUCGUCGCAGGCGAGACACCGGACACCAUCAGGACGCACUUCAUGGCCACCCUGUACCAGCAGCACCUCAGUCCGCUGAGCUACUCGGACAUCUGGGUGCAGGACGGACCACCGCGCCACCUGCGCCCCCGGGAGACCACGCAUCCGAACCCACAGCUCUGCCUGGGCGAGAAUAACGAGUAUGUGGCCAUGAAAGAGACACGGCACACCAAUGGCUACAGGCCAAGGGCAGACCAACGCAGGGUGGCCGAGCUGUGCCUGGACAGCAACGACGAGUACGUGCCCAAUGAGCAACUGCAGCGCCAGCGCGCCAACGCAAUCCCAAAUGGGAUGCGAAAGGAGCAGCACUUCUAUGUGCAGUAUAGUCACCAUGAGGAGUCGCACUCGCCCCUGAAAGGACUCAACGGCUACAAGGGCGAUCUCUGCGGCUAUGGAUACGUCGGCAAGGAGCAUGGCAAACCCAAGAAGGCCGGUGAUCAGUCGAUGGCCUACUCAGAUCAAGACAAGGUCCUGCGCCUGCGCAGCCAGGAUCACGGCGACCGGUGGCAGAGGCAGGGUCAGGGUCAGGGUCACGGUCCCACUCAAAUGCAAGGACGUGUGGCCAUGAUCGAACCGCGAAUGCGCCAGGAAGCCCCCGCCCCCGUGGAGAACAAGUCCUCCUUGCCAAAUGUCACAGAACUGGCGGUGGCACCAUUGGAGCCGCCGCACUAUCCCCGGGAGCUGCAGGCGCUCUUCGGCUGGAACUACUGCGCCCUGUGCCACACGGCCAUGCGAUCAGUGCGGACCGCGAUGGACCACUACUCGUCGCGGGCCCACGAGCGCCGGAUCUGCACCUGGCUGGAGCGCCAGUGCCCCGCCACACAGGGCGCCCAGGGUGGCACCAGUGUGGACCCCAUCGGUGUGUCGGAGGAGGCGCUGCGGUUCAUGCGCACCGCCCGCCCCGUGGACUUCUACUGCGACCUGUGCGACCUCAAGCUGACCUCGGUGAUGCACGCCCAGCAGCACUUCUUCGGGCGCCGCCACCGCCUGGUGGCCCGCCAGAUGACCCGGCCGAACGGAGAUGGCUACUACGAUCCGCGGGGCAGGUGGGUGCGCACGGACGCCAAGUACCUGAUGUGCGAGCUGUGCGACGUGAGCAUCACCUCGGAGUCCCAGAUGGCCAUGCACAUGGCGGGAGCACGUCACCGCAGGCGGGUGCAGUCCGUCUUCGCGGGCGGAUCCCGCGGGGGCGGGGCACUUGGUGUGGGCGUAGGAAUGGGCAUGGGAAUGGGCGUAGGAAUGGGCAUGGGAAUGGGCAUGGGAAUGGGAAUGGGAAUGGGAAUGGGCAUGGGCAUAGCGCCGUUCAACGGACGCCAGUUGUACCGGGUGAGCACCAACGGAUCGCUGGCCCCUCUGCGUCCAGUGGGGCUGCAGUUCCUCCAGACCUGCCCGCCGCCUCCCGCCCGGGAUCCCAGUGCCGCCUACUUCUGCAAGACAUGCAACAUUACGCUGAACCACAUGAAGUCGGUGAAGCAGCACGAGGAGGGGCGCAUGCACCGGCGCAAUCUGGACAGUCUUCCCGGCCAGGCGGUCCUCUACGAGUGACCUUGCGGCGUCCUUCGGGGGCUGAAAGGUGGGCGGAUGUCCGACGGAAUGAAGCAGUACGAGUUGACGAGCAAAGUGAGGAAGGUGCGGGGCGGGGGAGAGCCUCAGACCGGAGUCCUUGGACACCGACAGGUGGAGUCUGAAUCCCGAGCCCGUUGUUGCCGCACACACCCCGCCGACCCCCGGCGGAUCUUCUUGCUGUGCUGUGUGUUAUUUGCAAUUUAUUUUUGAUCUAACUACCUUUUUUUAUAUGUUUUCUAGUAGUAAUAAUAAAUAUCCCC